AUGAACGUAACAGCAGUGAACCAAACUGAUGUCUGUCAGGAAUAUUGGUGUCCAGGGAGAUCUGUUUCUUUAUUUGUCUAUGUGAUUCUGUAUGUGGCCGCAGCAGCUGUGUCUCUGCUGACCGUGUGUGGAAACCUGCUGGUCAUCAUCUCUGUUAGCCACUUCAAGCAGCUCCACACACCUGCUAACAUCCUCAUCCUCUCUUUGGCUGUGUCCGAUCUCCUGGUUGGAGUUUUUGUGAUGCCUCUUUAUUUGUCUUGGCUCAUUGAGUCAUGUUGGACUUCUGGACCAGUGAUGUGUUCGGUUUUUAAAUUUGUGAAUUUUCAAGCAACAAGCGUGUCUGUUCACACUGUGGCUCUGAUAGCAGUUGAUCGAUUUUUGGCUUUAAGUUCUCCCUUUUUUUACUCAGAGAAAAUCUCACCCACUGUGAUCUGCAUAGCGACUUUAUUUAACUUGUUGUUUUCACUCAUUUAUAACUUCAUUCUUCUCUUUGUUAAUGGAAACUUCACUGAUGUCAUGUGUCCAGGAAAAUGUGUUUAUAUUAUAGAUGGAGUUUCAUCUCUCAUUGAUCUUCUGAUUGUGUUUCUUAUGCCAUGUACGUAA